CACACUGAUGAAUUAGAAGAUGUAUGUGGUGAAGAAGCAGCCGCAUACACUAUAAACAAUUCAUUUAUAACAUUCCACCAAUCCAACAAGCCUUAACUACUAUCGUUGAUAACAAUAAUUCACCACCAUGGCUUCAUUGAAGCAAAACAGUGCUGAAGAACCACUAUUGUUCAACCACAGUGGUACAUCUCAGAAGCACCAUGAAUCUGAUGGUGAGCUUGAAAGGAUACUAUCAGACACCACCGUGCCAUUCUUCAGCCGUAUCGGCUCCGCCACAUGGAUUGAGCUCAGACUCCUUUUCUUGUUGGCUGCACCAGCUGUUUUUGUUUAUCUUAUUAAUUAUGUUAUGUCUAUGUCCACACAAAUCUUUUCCGGCCACCUUGGUAAUCUUGAACUUGCCGCGGCGUCUCUGGGGAACACCGGGAUUCAAAUCUUUGCUUAUGGUCUCAUGUUGGGUAUGGGAAGUGCAGUUGAGACACUAUGUGGACAAGCAUAUGGAGCAGAAAAAUAUGGCAUGCUAGGAACAUAUUUACAAAGAUCAACAAUUCUUCUAACAAUAACCGGUUUUUUCCUCACAAUUAUUUACGUAUUAAGUGAACCAAUCCUAGUAUUCAUUGGACAAUCACCAAGAAUAGCUUCUGCAGCAGCACUUUUUGUGUAUGGACUUAUCCCACAAAUAUUUGCUUAUGCAGUAAAUUUCCCAAUCCAAAAAUUUCUUCAAGCACAAAGUAUAGUUCUACCAAGUGCAUACAUUUCAGCAGGAACUUUAGUUUUUCAUCUAAUAUUAAGUUGGGUUGUUGUGUUUAAGAUAGGGUUAGGACUAUUGGGAGCUUCAUUGGUUUUGAGUUUUUCUUGGUGGGUUAUUGUUGUGGCACAAUUUAUUUAUAUUUUGAAGAGUGAGAAGUGUAAGAGGACUUGGAAUGGGUUUACUUGGGAGGCAUUUUCGGGGUUGCCGGAGUUUUUUAAAUUGUCGGCCGCGUCGGCGGUUAUGCUUUGUUUGGAGUCUUGGUAUUUUCAGAUUUUGGUUUUGCUUGCUGGACUUCUUCCUCAACCUGAGUUGGCUCUUGAUUCUCUUUCUAUUUGUACCACAGUUUCUGGAUGGGUGUUCAUGAUCUCAGUUGGAUUCAAUGCAGCUGCAAGUGUGAGAGUGAGCAAUGAACUAGGAGCAAGAAAUCCAAAAUCAGCAUCAUUUUCAGUGAAAGUGGUGACAGUGAUAUCCUUUAUAAUAUCAGUAAUAGCAGCACUAAUUGUGCUUGCAUUGAGAGAUGUUAUUAGCUAUGUUUUCACUGAGGGUGAAGUGGUGGCUGCUGCUGUCUCAGAUCUUUGUCCACUUCUCUCUCUUUCUCUUGUCCUCAAUGGCAUUCAGCCUGUCCUAUCUGGGGUGGCUGUUGGGUGUGGAUGGCAAGCUUUCGUUGCUUAUGUGAAUGUGGGUUGCUAUUAUAUAGUUGGUAUACCAUUGGGGGCGGUUCUUGGCUUUUAUUUCAAUUUUGGUGCUAAGGGAAUAUGGCUAGGAAUGCUUGGUGGAACCACUAUGCAGACAAUUAUUCUAAUGUGGGUCACAUUUAGAACGGAUUGGAACAAGGAGGUGAAAGAAGCAGCCAAGAGGUUGAACAAAUGGGAGGAAAAGAAAAAGGAGCCCCUUCUAAACUAAAAAAAUUGAUAAUGGUUUUGUGUUGGGGUUUGAAAGUUGAAACCUAAUAAACCAUUUUUUAAAUGGAAUUCGAUUAGGAUUAAUCCUAUAAACUAUAGUGUCAUGAGAGUUUAGUAUUUUUUUUGCUGCUUAUAGAGUAAGCUACCAUUCAUGUGAAAUUAUAUAGAUCAAUCUUUUAAGGUAAUUGAAAUUUAUUUAUGAAAUCAAUCUCUUUGAUCA